GACGCCAUCUGUUGGCCUCCAAAACGACGUCAAAUUCUUCGUUGGAUUCUGCGAAAAACAGUUCUGUUCCUAAGAUGAUGACAAGACUCUUUCUUGCCGCUGGAGGAGUUGCCUUUUCGUUGCUCACAGUGACCACUGAUGCCUGGGCCCCGUCGUUUUGCUGUGGCAGACCGACCGUAUUGCUUCGAAGCAGUGCGAUAUCUACCCAACAAGACACAGCAGAAGAAUACCAUGAGAGAUUUUUACCGCAAACAACAGCAGCAUCGUCUCUUUCGUCUUGGGAUGAAAUUGUCCGUACACUAGAACUAUUGGGAAUCACAUGGAACGAUUUUCUCUCGCCCGUAGGCCAAGGAAUCUUAUCGMCUGACAACCAAAAUCCUUCUGACUGGGAUGACUUUUGGGAGUUGUCUCUCAAACCACAGCAACCAACAAUAACGAAUGGAGUAGCCAUGACAAAAUCUAACAAUUCAAGUAAUACUAUACUGGUGGCAGAACAAUUCACGCACUUCCUAGAGCGGCUAGGCCCAACUUACGCGAAAUUCGGUCAGGCUAUGUCGUCGAGACCCGACAUCAUUCCAAGGUCUUUGGCCAUUGCACUGACGAGACUUCAGGACGACAUCGAGGUCUUGGAGAAAACCGACAUGGGACUGGACACGGCAAAGGGCGCCCGAGAAAUUUUACGACAAGAAUUGCAGUCAUCUGUGUUUGAAGAUUUGAACGAAUUGGAAGUCUUUCUAGAGAGUCUCUCGGAGACCCCUGUUGCGGCCGCUAGCAUUGGUGUUGUCUACUCAGGCGUCUURCCGCCAAGCCUUGGAGGCAAAAAAGUGGCMAUCAAAAUCCAGCGGCCCAAUGUACAAGAAAUAGUUCGAAAAGAUGCUCGUUUGCUCCGAAGGGUUGCCGCGUUAGUGGAAGCUAUUCCAUCGUUUCAAACGGCGGAGCAAGCAGAAAGCAUGCCUAGUGAUCCUGUCAACAGUCGAUUCGUCCGCACGAAUGUUACCGGUGCCGUGGACGAGUUCAUGGAGCGCCUUGGUGAAGAACUAGAUUAUCGGAGGGAAGCCAGAAAUUUAGAACUUUUUGGAAAGCUCUAUUCCCACCGAAGAUCUCCAAAUGAUGACGAGGGUUUGCUGGAAGUUGAUGGUUGUGCUUUUAAUACCGACAAAAUUCGGGUGGUUGUUCCAGAUGUGUACAAGACUCUAUGUACCGACAGGAUACUAGUCGUAAGUUUACCAUGAAGUUUCAAUUUGUUAUUCGUCAGGAAGAUUUUGUCAAACUUAUKCAGUAUCAUGCUAUCUCUUGUAAACAGAUGGAAUGGAUUGAUGGAAUUAAAUUGGUGGAUCUCCAGCAGGAACAGAGACGACUAAAAAGUAGCRAUGGCAAGGAAGAGGACUUUGAGAUCAGUAGAAAGGAAACACUGGAGCUGAUCCGGCAGGGCAUCGAUUGUACACUUAGCCAGCUUCUGGAAACUGGAAUUCUUCACGCUGAUCCUCACGGUGGAAAUCUGCUCAAGGUGGCCGACGAUGAUAAUUCUACUUACCGACUCGGCUACAUUGAUUUUGGAUUGUUGAGCACCAUUCCAACUACCGUCCAGGAUGGUUUGAUUUGUGCCAUCUGUCAGUUGAUCUUUGCCAAAAACGUGACAGCAGUAGGAGAACUCUUUGGGGAGCUCCAGCUCUUGCCGGAGGACGUCCUGAAUGAUCCAGUUGAGAGCCAGGCRUUAGCARAMGAGCUGAUCCAUGCUAUAUCGCAGGUGUUGGUCUUUCCUAACAACGGGAUACCGAGCCUGCGCUUCGACAAGCUACUGGAUGUUUUGGUCCGACUAGUUCCCCGUUUUCGUUUCCAGCUUCCACCUUACUUUCUGAACAAUGCACGGGCCUUGGGAACCCUCGAAGGUAUGGCUCGUGAGGCCGAUCCUAACUUUAACAUUUUGCGGCAUUUAUAUCCAUAUGCUAUUUCGCGAUUGUUUUCGAAUCCCACGGGCAGCCCWGUGGUGGAAAAGACGCUAAAGAGUCUGAUCGAAACGCCCGGAACGGGCAGACUCGACAUUGGAAAGUUGAAAUGUUUGCUCAACGAUGCCAGUGUGUAUUCGGGAUAUUCGAGGCGAAAGGUUGUGGCGGACAUUGCACGAUCCGAGAUCGGGCCCGGGUUGGUCCGCCGCCUGGUAAAGGAACAGAGUAUAUCUCGGGGUGUCGACGCGGUGGUGCGCCGAAAACGACGUCGACAAAAGAACCGCGAUAUUAACCAACCGGGACGCCGACGUCGGCUCCUCAACAAGGUUGCGAAUUAUUUACGACUUUAAAUCAUUUUCAUGAAUAAAACUGUUGAGGAGAC